CAAAGCAAAGCAAAGUGCUCGUUAAUAUAUAUACGGAGUAAUUGGUAUCGAUAUAUCCCAAAGGCCAAAGCUAGCUUAACUUAUAAAUGUUAUAAUGUACGCGCGCGGGCGCGGUUCCCUGCUGCUGGGAAUUGAAACCAAAGCUUAGCUUAGCUCUGCAAAUUAAAAAUGGGUGAAGAGCUCUUGUCCACCGUGGCGGCAUCUGAAAGGGCAAUUGAACAGGCAAUUGUUGGGUUAAAGAAGGGUGCUCAUCUUUUGAAGUAUAGCCGAAUAGGGAAGCCUAAAUUUUGUCCUUUCAGGUUGUCCCAGGAUGAGAAAUUCUUGGUUUGGUACUUGGAUGAAAAUGAAAAACAUCUGAAGCUUAGUUCAGUCACAGAUAUAAUACAUGGCCAACAAUCUAAACAACUUCAACCUGAUAGAGAAAGCCAGUGCAUUUCACUUGUGUACGCAAAUGGAGAACAAUUCUUUGAUCUGAUAUGCAAAGAUAAAAUGCAGGCUGAGUCGUGGUUUCUAGGCCUGAAAGCACUAAUAUCGAAGAGUCACCAAAGCCACCGGUUCUUGGGCGUGGAAAAACCAAGACACAGACGAGGUGCUCAAAGUUGCAUUAAUAGCCCGGCUAGCUGCAUAAGGAGGAGACAUAUUCUCAGUCUUCCCGUGGAGGCAGUCAGAUCAAACAAGGUUCGUAGCUUGGCGGGAAGUCCUGAGCAAUCAUUUUCCGGAAGAGGUCAUUCAGAUGUGUUGUCCUGUUCUUCAGAUAGCAUGUUCUCUGACGUAACCCUCCUAACAAAUGCGCAAAACACAGUGGAAGGGAUGAGCCCAAGUUCUCCAUAUUCUGAAGUGGAUGAAAUAAACCAUAGUGAAAAGGAUUUUCUUCAGUCAGAAGUACAAAGUGACAUGUUAUCUGCAUUUGGAGGGUCAGUCCGUGAGCCAACAAGAUCUGUGCACAUCUUGCGAGAUGUUUACGUUUGGGGAGAAGGGAUGGAUGGAGGGUUUCUUGUGGGCGGGGAAGAAAAGUUAGAUUCCUCAUCACCUAGAGUACUUGAAUCCACUAUGAUGCUUGAUGUACAAAUGUUGUCCCUGGGUAGGACCCAUGCCUCCCUGGUGACGGGACAAGGGGAGGUUUUCUGUUGGGGUGAAGGAAAGAAUGGAAGAUUGGGGCAUAAAGUCGAUAUGGAUGUCUCCCAUCCAAAAAUUGUAGAGUCCCUUGACGGUAUCAAUGUGACAUCCAUUGCAUUUGGCGAAUACCAAAUGUGUGCUGUAACGCAUUCAGGAGAAGUAUACACUUGGGGUGAUAAUUACUCUUCCACAGGCGAAGAGAACACAAAGCGAAGCCAUUGGAUGCCACAAAGAGUUUCUGGUUCCCUGGACAGUGUGAUCAUAUCAUCGGUUGCUUGUGGGGAAUGGCACACCGCAAUCAUUUCCAUAACCGGAAAAUUAUUUAGCUAUGGGGAGGGAAAUUUUGGGGCACUUGGUCAUGGGAACACUAGAAGCCUCCCUCACCCUAAAGAGGUUGAAUCUCUGAAGUCCUUAUGUGUCAAGUUCGUUGCAUGUGGGCCAUGGCACACUGCUGCCAUAGUCGAAACCACAACAGGGACCGGGAAAUUGUACACAUGGGGAGAUGGAGAUAAGGGUAAACUUGGACAUGAUGACGCUCCAGAGAAAAAGCUCAUACCAUUAUGUAUCACAAAGCUGGAGGGGGUAGAUUUCAUCCAAGUAUCUUGCGGGAGAACAUUAACCAUUGGAUUAUCGAACACAGGAAAGGUAUACACAAUGGGAAGCGCAAUCCACGGGCAGCUUGGGAACCCACAUGCAGACGAUAAAUCACUCACAAUCGUGCAAGGGAAGCUCGAAGAUACGUUUGUCAGAGAAAUAUGUGCAGGAUCCUAUCACAUUGCUGUCUUAACAUCAUGUGGUGGGGUCUACACGUGGGGUAAGGGGUCAAAUGGGCAGUUAGGCUUAGGUGACACGAAAGAUAGAAAUACCCCAACCUUAGUUGAUAGUCUGAGGGACAGGUUGGUUGAACACAUAACUUGUGGGCCUAACUCCACGGCAGCAAUCUGUUUGCACAAGUCAAUAUCCAGUACAGAUCAAGCAACUUGUAGAGGUUGUAGUGUGGCAUUUGGGAUAACCAGAAAGAAGCAAAACUGCUAUAAUUGUGGUUUCUUGUUCUGUCGUGUUUGCUGCAGCAAAAAAGCAACAAACACAUCUCUAGCGCCGAAUAAAAACAAACCUUUCCGGGUAUGCAAUCCGUGUUUCAACCAACUUCAAAGAAUCGAAACGUAUACCCCAAGACCAUAUUUUCAUACAAAAGGGGGGUACAUGGAGAAGGAGGAGAGGGAACAAGAAAAAUGCCCUACCAGGGUCGGAACCAGAAGAAAAUGUUCUAACAUGGGUGGAUAUUCCUAUGUCGGGAAGGCAUUGAAUGGCCAAACUGAGAUUAAGGGUAUGACAUCUUUUCUGGACAGCUUGCCAAGAUGGGGACUGGUUCCUUGUCCCGAAAGUUUUAAUCGAGGUUUAAAAGCACAAAAAGAAUUUCAAACCCCACCACAACAGGGCACAUUUGGUUCCAUUUCACAAUUGGUAGACCCAAUGGAGAGAAAGCUUGUGCCUUAUUCUGCUCCAGUGAAGCAAGGAGUCUCCAAAUCAGAUAAGUUGCUUCUUGAAGAGGUUCAGAAGCUAAGAGCUCAGGUUCAUAGCCUUAAAAAACUAUGUCAAUCAAGAAAAGAGAGAAUCCAAGAACGUCAACAGAAACUCAAGGAUAUUUGGUCUUUGGCAAUUGAGGAAUCGACCAACUACAAAGCAGCAAUGGAAGAUAUUAAAUCUCUGACAUCAAGGCUCCAGACUAUGUCACAAGAUGUUUGUGGCGGUAUAAGAAUUAAGGAUCAAGCAGCGGGUACAUAUUUGCUUCAGAUAACUUCCUCAAGUACAGGAAAUAUAGCAACAGAUGUAAAUAAUGAGCCAUCUACUACUGUUCUUGCUAUAUGUGCUCCUAGAGAAGAUAGCGUAUGUAAAGUGAAUAGCAGCAGCCUAUGUACUUCACCAGUUUUAUUCUCAAGUACAGCAAGAUUAUUAUGUAAGAAGAGGUCAGAAGAAGAGGGAUCAGCCCCGCCGGUUGAGGAAGAUCCAGUACAAGAAUGGGUGGAGCAGUAUGAACCCGGUGUCUACAUAACACUGAAAACGUUGCCCAGUGGACGGAAGAAUCUCAAGCGGGUCCGGUUCAGUAGGAGAAAGUUCACCGAGAAAGAAGCAGAAAGAUGGUGGAGUAAGAACCAGAUGCUAGUGUGCGAGAGAUUUAACAUUGAUAGAUCUUCAGAUCUCACCCAAGAUUGAUACUCCGUAUGUUAGGAUUACAUCUCACUGCAAGCUAAGUUUACACACACAUUCACAUGACUCGUCUUCAUUUUAGUACUGUGUGCAGUGUGUAUAUUAUUAUUCCCUUUAAUUUGUACCAAAAGGAAUGGUCUUCAUUCUAAUAUUAUAUUCUCC